GAACAGCAUUGACAGGGAAGCAAUUACGAAAUUUUGAUGUUCAAAAUGGGGGGGGGGGGCGUGAGAGCAGAAGCCGAGCGACUCCCCGCAGCGCUGCCGCCGCCGAGGGCCUCUGAAGAGCUCUCCAGCCGGGCGGGGGUCGCCCCGGCCGCCCCCACCGUCAUUAAGGCCCCUCGCGAACACUCGAAGAGAUUUUCCGAGCGCGAGCCGGGCCGGGCAACAUUAAAAACACAGGGCGAUUGAAAGGGGCGCAUUGAGAUGCGCGGAGCCGGCUGCGGCGCGGACUCGCUCUCGAGGUCAAGUGACGGACGGAUUGUAUGCUUCUUCAUAAUAAUAUUAAUUAAACAAUUUGCAUGCUAAUAAGGUAACAAUUAUCAGGGCCUCUGUUGAAAGAUUCAGGUUAUUACAACACGCCAAUCUGAAGGCCAGGGGUCAGAGAGUGAGAGGCGAGCGAAAUUUCAACUCAAAUUAACAUUCUGUCAGCUCCAGAAAAUGGGAUAAAUAAAGUCGAAUUAAUUCAUUAUAAUAAAGAGAGAUGGGCGAGGGAGCCCGGCCGGCGCCCGCCCCUCCCUGCCCUCCCCUCGGGCCGAAUUGAUUACAGCUCUGUAUUCAGAAACACGCGCCGCACACAUUCCUCCUCGCGAACCCGGCAGAGAACGAGGCGCUUACGGCCACCGGCAGAAUCGAGUCGGAUGGACAGAGUUUACAUUUAGUAUUUAUAGGGAAAGAAAUUAAAUUAUGGCGAAAAGUAGUGCUCUUGGCCCCUGACCUGGGAAUUAAUACUUGCAGCGUUUUCCUAGUGCGCGCCGGCGGGGGUGGGGGGGGAGUAAGGUCCCAAAUUCCAAGCCUCCUCUCGGUCUCUGCGAGAUGUCGGCCUGCCCCAGCCCCUGCACCUCUCCCUCCUCCCGAACAAUGAGAGAGGGGAAGGCAAUUAAAGCGUAGUCGGUGCGGCCAGGGCACGUUCAGUAAGGACGGAUACCCGGGUUGCGGGUCCAGCGCCCCAGCCGCAAGGCAGGUCCGCUCCACUCUGGCGGGCGGAGCGUUGUGUGCACCCUCCGCUGGGAAGGGCACACGGCCGGGGCUGUCCUACCCUUGCCUUCGCUCCGGGUUUGAGGCUUGGAAGGCUGGUUGAAGCCACUUAACACCAAAGGCCAACUUGUCUGUCACCUUGUCCUGGAGUGAGAGGCUGCCGGAGGUCCGGCCACCGGGUCUGGCGGGAUACCCAGCACUGGCCGGGUCUGAGGCCCAGGAGCUCCUUCUUCCCGGAUUCCAGCUCCAGCCCCCGGGACCGCAGGGACCACAGGGAUGAGGUCCAUGGGCCUGGGGCCACAGCAAAAGGCACCCUCUUCGUGGACAAACUUUUUACAAAAGAUUUUAUAAUUUUACAUAUAUACAUAAUAUAUAUGAAUAUAUAUGGAUAUAGUGAUUGCUUUCCCUCCUGCCCACAGUCCUAAUUUGCUGCUUAUUUAAGAAUAUGUCCCUUAAUGAUUUAGCUUUGAGUCUAUCAAUAUUUUAUAGUGGAAAAGGGAGUGACAGACACUUCUCUGAGAACAUAAUUUAAUUAUAAUUAAUGGGUUGAGUACCUGGGCCCUAUUCUUCAGAGGCCGUGUCAAAGGGAGAUGUAUUUAUUUUUUUAUUCCUGUGUAGGGGGCCUGAUUGGUUGCCACCCCAAAGUUACUUUUCCCUUCCUCCCACCCCUCCUCCCCAGCCUUGUGCCUUGGUUUUACCGAGUAGGGGAUGGGGGGGGGGUCAGGGUGUCUCCACAGCCGCCCCCCCACCUCUGUUUCUAUAGCCUGGCGGUGGCCAGUCAAAAAAGGCAUUAAUUAUGCCUUUUUAUUGACAGGGCGCUACAUUCUGUAGAAGUCAUUCUCUUUUGGAGUCACCUCCUCCCCCUGCUCCCUCCACUCCUUCCUCUUCCUCCUCCCUUUCCUUCCUCCUCUCCCCCGCCGCCUGCAGCCCGAGAGGAGAUGAGAAGCCCUUGUAGUUUUAAAUUCAAUGUGACAGUUUCGGAAAGAGCGGAUGAUGAAUCUCCUAUUAUUGGAUCAGUCUAUUUGCCGCUCAAUGUCUCUCUGUAAUUGGAGCAACAUCACUUUAAAGGUUCAGAGAGUACAGCAUUUCUGGUGAAAAAUCCCCACAACACGCCGGUGAAUGUUUUAAAGGGAAAUCUAUUAGUGAUUUGCAGAGGGGCGGGGAGCCGGGGGAGGCGCGGGCUCCGGCCAGCGGGGAUUGGAGUGGGGGGCUCGCCGGGGACCCCUGCCUGGACCGCUCCCCGAGCCCGCGCCUGCCCAGCGCCGGGCCGCGCCCCUCCCUCUCUGCUCCCCCCCCCUUGUUGUGACAGUUCCUGAUACUGUUUAUUGAGGUGCAUGUCAGGUAUAAUUAGCAAUCGAUAUGGAAAACGUUUCCUUGCACCCAGCACGCCUCUGACGUCAGAGCCGAUUAGCGCUUCUUAUUGGUCCCAAAUUCCCCGGGCCGCGGCUAAUUAUCGGGAGCUUGAUGUUGAUAAAGUAAAGCGCCGGAGUGCGGGCGAAGCAUGUGUAGGGCUCCGGGUCCCUGUCUCCGCCGCCGCCGCCGUCCGCGCCUCCCGCCGCUGGCCCGCCCCGGCCCCGGCCCGCGCCCCCGCGCCCCGCCGCCGGCCCCGCCGGCCCCCCGCGCGAGAUGAUGGACGGCCGCCUCCUGGAGCACCCGCAUGCCCAGUUCGGGGGCUCGCUGGGCGGCGUGGUGGGCUUCCCCUACCCGCUGGGCCACCACCACGUGUACGAGCUGGCCGGCCACCAGCUGCAGUCGGCCGCCGCCGCCGCCGCGGCCGCCUCGGUGCCCUUCUCCAUCGACGGCCUGCUCAGCGGCUCAUGCGCCGCCGCCGCCGCCUCGGUGGUCAACCCCACGCCGCUGCUGCCGGCCGCCUGCGGGGUGGGAGGCGACAGCCAGCCCUUCAAGCUGUCAGACUCGGGGGACCCCGACAAGGAGAGCCCGGGCUGCAAGCGGCGGCGCACCCGCACCAACUUCACGGGCUGGCAGCUGGAAGAGCUGGAGAAGGCGUUCAACGAGAGCCACUAUCCCGACGUGUUCAUGCGCGAGGCGCUGGCGCUGCGCCUGGAUCUGGUCGAAUCCCGCGUGCAGGUCUGGUUCCAAAACCGCCGGGCCAAGUGGAGGAAGAAGGAGAACACGAAGAAGGGCCCGGGGCGGCCGGCUCACAACUCACACCCGACCACGUGCAGUGGCGAGCCAAUGGACCCAGAGGAGAUCGCGCGCAAAGAACUGGAGAAGAUGGAGAAAAAGAAGCGCAAGCAUGAGAAGAAGCUGCUGAAGAGCCAGAGCCGCCACCUGCACUCGCCCGGCGGCUUGUCCCUGCACAGCGCACCCAGCUCCGACAGCGACAGCGGCGGCGGCGGCCUCUCCCCGGAGCCGCCCGAGCCGCCGCCGCCGGCCGCCGCGUCCAAGGGCCCUAGCGCGCACGCCGCCGGCGCCGCCGGUUCCGCGCCCGCACCGCCGGGCGAACCGCCCGCUCCCGGCACCUGCGACCCCGCCUUUUACCCGAGCCAAAGAAGCGGCGCCGGCCCGCAGCUGCGGCUAGGCCGCCCCGCGGACAAGGAUGCGGCCCCGUGUGCGCCCGGGGCGGCGGUGGAACGUGGCGCCGCCGGCCUGCCGAAGGCCAGCCCGUUCAGCGUGGAGAGCCUGCUGUCCGACUCGCCGCCGCGCCGGAAAGCCGCCCCCGCCAACGCCGCGGCCGCCGCCGCCGCGGCCGCGGCCGCCGGGCUGGACUUCGCGCCGGGGCUGUCGUGCACGCCGCGGACCCUCAUUGGCAAGGGCCACUUCCUGCUCUACCCCAUCACGCAGCCGCUCGGCUUCCUGGUGCCGCAGGCCGCGCUCAAGGGUGCAGCGGGUCCGGAGCCCGCGCCGAAGGACGCGCCGCCCGCACCCGCCGCGCCGCCCGCGCCGCCCGCUCAGGCCAGCUUCGGGGCCUUCCCGGGGCCCGGCGGUGCUCCGGACUCGGCCUUCGCGCGCCGCAGCCCCGACGCCGUCGCCUCCCCGGGGGCCCCGACCCCGGCGCCCUUCCGGGACGCGGCCCUGGCUGCGGCCGAGGGCGGCGGCGGGGAUUGCGCGGAUUCGGGGGCCGCCUGCCCAGCGGCCGCACUGCCGCCCCCUCUCGCGCCGUCGCCCGGGCCGGGCCCGCGGGCUCCCAGCCCCGCCGGGGAGCCGGCUUUGUGCGGGGCCCCAGAGCCAGGCGCCGAGCCCGGACCCAGCGCGCCGGACGGCGAGGAGGUGGACAUGGACUGAGGGGCGGCGGGGCCGAGAGAGGCGCUCAGCCGGCCCGCGCCCGCUCGCUCAGGCUCGACUCACACAACGAAAUCAGGUGAUCGGCUUAGAAACACUGCUUUCUCCUUUUUCUUCUGCUUUCUUCCUUUUAUUAUUAUUAUUAUUUUUUUUUAAGAAAACCGCUGUAUCAAUUCGGACCUAGGCAGCAACCGCAGGACUUGGGGUGAGACCCUCCUCCUCUCGGGGGAGCAAAAAACAAAAACCCCAUUUCCCCCACAAAAACCCACAACAAGAAUCCUCAGCCUUGUAAAAUGCAAAAAUGUCUAAGAAUAUUUAUAUAUGUACCAUUUUUGAUAAAUAAAGCUGGUC